CUGCAAGAAAACACCAGCAGCACUCACUCUCUCCAUCACACACAUAUCAACAAUCCCUCAUUCACCAUGACUGCGAAAAACCGACACAAGACCAGCUCGAGCGAGAAGAGCGCUGCAUCCAUCCCGGAGGAUGCGUCGAAGAAAAGCCCAAAGAGCAGCACCAGCAACGGGGUGAGUGGCCCCGCACCUCAGGGGCCACGGUCAGGAAGUUGCAUCGGGCUCGUUUUGACCACGGUGUUUUAUUUAGGGUUGAUAGGAGCUGCAGGGUUUGCUGCUUUUUAUUUACAACAAGUAGUGGAGGAGGUCCGAGCGACCAGUGCGAGGCAUGAGGAGAGCGCACGGCAGAACGCAGAGCUGAGCAGCAAAAUGGAGAGUGUGGUUCAACAGGCGGAGUCUCUCAGGAGUAUCGUGGACGGGCUGGAGUCCUCACUGGGCAUUACACGGGUGGAGCUGGAGGGUGCUGUCGCCCGAAUGAAGCGGGGUGAGGUGGAGACGAGGAGAGUCGAUGAGGCCCUUCAGAAGCUCCAGAACAAUCUACUCAAAGACCUCUCGGAUGGCAUCAGCGAGGUAAAGGAGGCCAGAGAGCGGGACUUUUCAUCUCUGGAGAGGACUGUGGAGGAGCGUCUGGCUGAGGUGAGUCAGUCCAUCACAGCCAGUGUGACUGAGUUCACAGAAGCUCAGGGUGUGGCCCAGAGUCAGUUGGCUGAACUCAAAGCCAGACUGGGUGACAUGGAAGACCCUGCGCUCAUCAAACAGGAGCUCUCUGCCAUCGUCAGUGCUGUGGCUGAAAUCAAAACUGCCUCAGAGGCUUCAGACACUGCUUCAGAUUCCCUCAGGCAGCAGAUCAGUGCGGUGAGAGAGGAGCUCCAAAUUCGUAACAAGGAAGUCUCCUCGCUGUCUGACGAAGUGGAAACAGUGAGGUCUGUAGCACAGGAGCAUAUCGGGAGUCUGAGGCAGUCGAUCUCUGAAGCAGAGGCCGAAGUCCAGACUCUAAAGGACAAAAGUGAGACACUGGAGAGAGGCAUGGAGCAGGCGACUGAUGCUGUCCGUAACAUGGAGAAGCUGAGAAGUGAAGCAGCUGCUCAGGCCAAGAAAACCUUGGACGAACUGGAAGCUAGAGUCAAAGCAGCAGAGGAAAGCGGAGAUUCCCUCUCUGCAACCGUUUCAGACAUCAACACAAAAAUGGACUCACUGUUCAGCAAAUAUGACAGCCAUGAAAGCACCCUGACUGUGCAGGGACAAGCCCUGGAGAAAGUAAAAACAGGCCUUGAGCAGGGGAUUGAGACUCUGAAGAGCAGUUUGGAAGAGGUCAAGUCCAACAUGGCUGCUCUAACUGACUCCAAGACCCAGCUAACCUUGCAGGAUUCUAGCCUAAUGGGACAGAUGAGUGAUUUGGAGAAGAGGAUCGCCAAUCUGGAGGAUGGCGGCAAAGUGAAACCAGAGCAGCUGCAGAGUUUAACAAGUAUGGUGGCCAGUUUGGAAGCUAAAGCAGCUAAGCUAGAAGGCCACGAUCAGGCGAUAGCUGCACUACAGAAAUCUCUGCAGGAUACCACAAAGACACUGGCAGGUUUAUCCAAAUCCCCAGGCAAGAAGGGAAAGUAGAUUUAAUGUCAGGGAUAUGAUGUCAGGAAACCAAAACAUGGACGUUAACUAUUUUCAAAGGGUGCCUGUUGACCAUAUUCAAAUGGCGGCCAUUUCUCUCCAACGAAAAUGCUUUUUAACCGUCUUCCCACUAUGAUCCAGGGUAUAGGCUGAUCAUUUUUUUGCUUUCGGAUUGACCUGCAACCAAAAAAAAAAAAAAAAAAAAAAAAAUCAUUGGGUAAUGAAGGUGUAAAAGGUCUCAUUUUAAGCUAAUAUUUGGUAACCCUUCAG